CUUAGACCUCACACUCCACCUUUUCCACCUCCCUUCUCUCGACUCCAUCCUGAUCUGUCUCCCACACAACCGGAAUCGCCAACACCGCAGCUCAUCAAGACAGCAGGACAGGCAGACUCUUCCCAUUCUUACGUCAACGAAAAGCCAUUUUCUUUUUUCUUCUCAUCCUAAAAAAAGAAAACGACAACGACAACGACGACGAUAACUUUCACACUCAGAAUAACGGAGCUGUAUGUCGAGCUUUGAUUACCACUCCGUAUUCUUGACCAACCUCCCAACCGAGCCCUCACCGGCCAGCACAACCAAAACCGCACGCGCCCUUCCUGCUCGCGCAAUGACUACCGUCUCGACCACGGGCGCCGGGGCGUCUCCACGACGCAACGUCCUUAUCGCACCACCAGGAAAGCAGCAGAGCUCAGCAUCCUUCACCGACUUUUUCUCCGCAUCAACCCCAGUCCCAGCCUCAGUAACAUUACUACUGAGCUAUUCUGCCCCGAGCAUCCAUGCCUGCCAUCGACUCUUACAGCUCUUGACCUGGACCUCGGAUCGGUCCGUCAAGAGCUUUCUGCUGCUCUUUGCCUGGUGGGCCAUCUGUCUUGGCACAGAGACCUUUCUCAUCUUUGGGCUCCAUAGCACGCUGAUUCUCUAUAUUGGACACUUGUGGAUCAAAUCCCGAAAGGCGACCAAGGUUGCGGCAGACAUUCCCUUGCCUCAGAGCCCAGGCACUCCUCACAGCGGCAAGUUUUCAUUCUCAAGCAGUGUCAUUUCCAACAGGAGCAACAGUCUGCUCUCAUCGACCUCGGCUCGCCACCCAACAACCACUCAGCUGGAGCAGGCAGUGACACUACGGGAGAUCCAGGAGAUUCUUGACCACUGGGCAGCGUGGAAUCGUAAUCUGGACAGGAUCGAGACGUACUUGGAUUGGUCAGACAGGAGUCGGACGCAGCUGGUCCUUUUCCUUGUGGCGUUUACAUAUGUACCAUGGCUCAUCCUGAACUACUUUGUGCCCAUGCGGUUCAUCCUUGUGGUUUUGGGCAGCAUUGCCAUCUGCUGGCGCGCGCCUUGGUUCACGGUUUUGUGGGCGGUCGCGGUGAAACUGCAGGCAUUUUCACCACUGCUGCAACUGAUCCCCUACUGGCCCUAUCGUCCCGAGGUCUCUGCAAGCUAUCGUAAAAAGAAGCGGUUCUCAGUCAAGGACAUCAUUUCCAGGGCGAUCGGACAGCGCAAGAAGAGCGACUCGGACGUAGAUACGAGCUACAAGACCAGCACAGGUUACGACAUUGAGGAGGAUCAUGCGACCAUGUACUACAAGUUUGUGCUCUACGAAAAUCAGCGAUGGUGGCUGGGCCUCGAGUGGACGCCUAUGAUGCUCCCCAAUGAUCGCGCCCCAUGGACGGACGAUCACCUGGAGCCAACACAGAGCAAGUCCUCUUUCCAACUACCCCCGCCACACGUUGCUCAUGAGGCCAUUCCUGGCCAGCCCAACAAGGUUCUCCGCAAAUCACAGGAAUGGCGAUGGCUCGAUCCUCACUGGCGUCUGAAGCUCGGCGCGGACUCUGAUGUGGACGGAUGGGAGUAUGCAAACAACCACUGGCAAAAGUGGUCCGGCAAAAACCGUCGUGGCGCCUAUACGAGGAGGAGAGCCUGGGAGAGGACAGCCAAGUUGGUUGAUCAGCGCGAGAUUGUGUUGCUGGACGAUAUUCAGGGUGAAUUGGUGAGCGAACAUGAGCAUGAAGAUGAAGAGGCUGAGGAGACUGAGGAGGAGGUCGAAGUGGAAGAAGUGGAAGAAGUGGAGGAGGAAGAUGAGGAAAAGUAGGACAUCUCACCUGCAUGAACAUACACACACAAACACAUACUAUGACAUUGCAACAGCUAUUGACCAGAAUCAACUUUUUGAAUGAAAACAAAUAUCAUGACAGCCGAUCCAGC